GUCCCGGCUUCCCUUUACAACCGCUCCUCCUUAGCACCACUUUCAGGAAUGCUUAACAAGCUUUGAGACGCCCAUUUUCACCUUUUUCAAACGAGCUAGGCAACUGGGUUUUGAAAAACCCGCCGUAACUCUUGCGGGGACUCACGUCAGGCGAAGCCAAAGAUUGAAAUAAACAGCGUUGCCACGUGAUAGAGUCGCCCCCGACUUGGAAAGGUGGUCUUCUUCUUGUCAGUAUUGCACUUUCUUGGCUAAUGUGCUCAGCUGCACCUCAUGCAGAAUUUUCUGGAGAUCCUGGUUUGCACCAGUUUGUUUCGAAAAAUAAGGAGUUUGUCAUCAGAAUAAAGACUGAUCUCCUUGCAUUGAAUGAGCUUGUGCGUAAAGCAUUCAGCUUUGGCAGUAACAGAGAACUGAUAACAAUAGAGAAACUCUUGGGCAUUCAACAAGUUAAUAUCUCCCAUUGCCAACAGGACCCCUGUGAUAUGGAAAGAUGCUUCAAUCAGGUACAGGCAGGCCUCCAAACCUAUUCUGGUUAUCUCUCAUAUAUUCACCAAAUCUUAGUAACUUACGCUGACCAAGUACAUGGUAUUCAGCUGGAUAUUUCCAACUUGUCCCACAACAUUCAACAACAGAUGGAAGAAAGCAGCCUGACCAGUGUUAUCUAUCCACAGGCAGAAAAUGAGCCUAAAUUUGUGGAAGUUCAAAGAGAAAUUGGAAGUUACCUGGUUCUCCGCAAACUCCAGCUAUUUAUGGAUAUGAUUUUCCGGGCCCUGAGGCACUGUAGCACAUAAAGGGAAUGGAGAAUUCUCACCAAAGACCUUGAAGCUGAAAUAUUUCUCUACACAGAAGGAAGUCCUAAGACUUGCUUUUGCCUGACAAGACUGCUCUGACGGGUAGAAUUCCAACUCCUCUGUCUUUGUUUUUAAUUUAUUUUAAAUUUUUAUGCACCAUUUUACUGAAAGUAGGAGACAAAUAAAGUAAUCCUGAUACAUUUAGCUCUAAGAGAAAUAAAAAUAUUAGGGUUUGUACAACAUUUUACAUUAGACUAAAGUGGAGCUGGGUUGCUUGAGAUUCAGCAUGUUGUGAAAAACAAACCCUUGUUUUUAUAUUGUGAACACUCCAUUCUCUUAAGUCACUGUUUCUCAGCCUCAGCAAUUCUGCCUCUGAGGAAAGUUGAAGUCUUGGAGUUGCUGAGGUUGAGAAACACUGGGUUAAAUUAUAAUUUGUUUUAAAACUGUUUAAAUUUUUAUAGAUUAGCCUUCACUUCAAACAACUAUUGAUAUGGUAUUGAGAGAAGAACAUCUUACAUGUACAUGCAAAUUGGACAAUUUGCCUUCAGAAUCUUUCAGAGAUCUUUCACCACUUGAGAGGCUACUACGAUUAAAACUUCAGUUGUUUAAGACUGAUAAUGAUUAACUUGUAAGAAAAAUGGAAAGAUUUCUUUUCACAUAUCAAAUAUGUUGCAAUGAAAUGUAUUCUUCCUAAGAUGGCAAGUUCCCAGUUCACUCAAGCUCUUCUUUCCUUGAUGAAAUAUCACUGUGAUCAGUUUUUAAUAGUUUGUUAAUGAGUUUUAAUUUAUUAGCAUAUUUAAUAUUUAUAGUGUCAGAAUUGUUGAAUCUUGAAUUUGGACUUCAGUACUAGAUAUUUAUUUAUUAUUUAUACCAAUGCUGUCAGAUGAAUGGAAAACAAUUGUUUAGAUUUCAGCCAUUCUUGAGUGCACAGUGCUAUAGCCAUGUGUGGCAUGUAUGUUGAGAUACUUACAACAUUAAACUAACGUUUAAUAUUUAAACAAAGAGUAUUAGCUGGUAGUAACUAGAACAAACUACAGGAUAAAACAUAAGGGAAGUUUCCAAUUCCCGUCUUUAUUAGUGUUUGAGGCAUACAGUACAAUCUAUGUCCUUACCAUUUUUAUAGAUGGGAAAUAGACUCCAGGCACACCUCUUUUUGGAAGAGGUUCGGUUCAUAACUUCCAUCAUCCUCUAUCAUUUGCCGUACUAUUAUGCAGACGAUAGUUGUAGCAUAAAAAGUUCAACAAUGCCCAGACUGUUUAACCUGGCUUUAUGUACAGUAAUCCUGGUCCAAAAUAAAUUCCUUAUUUAAGCAAACUAGUAAACAGCACUCCCUCUGCUAAUGUGUCAGAUUAUUUGCUAGACAGUUUCUGAUAUCCACCAAGCCGCCUAUGUUACAUCACCAGGUUUCAGCAUCUUCUCUUAAGAGUUUGGUGAUAGAGGCAGACUGACCCCCUCUAGCAAGGCCAAGUGGUUAAGGUGAUACCAUUUCAAGCUUUAAAAAUUCAUAAGCAUAAAGUUUUUUGUUCAUUUGCUGUAGAAUUCUGUGUAGGGCAGUGGUUCUCAACCUGUGGGUUGGGACCCCAUUUGGGGUCGAACGACCAUUUCACGGGGGUCGCCAAACAACGCAGUCCGCCAUUUUUUUCCCCCCUUUUCCUUA